GAGCUGGGGGGACGCUGGCGGUGGGGCCUGGCCCUGCUCUAUGCCGGCGCCUCGGCUAGAGUGAGCGGCAACGGCGGCGACGCCGGCGACGCCUCUUUGCUCCGGCUCUUUACUGGUGGCUGUGAGUCUGAGCGGGUGGCGAGCGGCAGAGGCGGCGGGGCCGGGAUGGAGGACGUUAACUCCAACGUGAACGCGGACCAGGAGGUGCGGAAGCUGCAGGAGCUGGUAAAGAAGCUGGAGAAGCAGAACGAACAGCUUAGGAGUCGCUCGGGGGCCGUGCAGGGCGCCGGCUCCCUCGGGCCCGGUAGCCCGGUGCGAGCCGGCGCGUCCACUCCCUCCUCCGGCUCGGCGUCCCCUCGGGGCUUCCCCUUGGGCCUGAGCGUCAAGUCGAGCAGCGGGGCCGGGUCGGGCCCGAGGCGGACGAGUAGCGAGGAGCUGCGGGACGCCACCUCCCUGCUGGCAGCCGGCGAGGGCGGCUUGCUGGACGAGGUGGAGCCGCUGCGGCCCGAGGAGCUGGAGCGCCUGUCAGGCUGGGAGGAGGAGGAGGAGAGCUGGCUGUAUUCAUCACCAAAGAAAAAACUUACACCAAUGCAGAAAUCGGUUAGCCCAUUAGUUUGGUGCAGGCAAGUUUUGGAUUACCCAAGUCCUGAUGUUGAAUGUGCUAAAAAAUCUCUUAUCCACAAACUUGAUCAAACUAUGUCAGCUCUCAAGAGACAGAACUUGUAUAAUAAUCCUUUCAACUCCAUGAGUUACACAAGUCCUUACAGUCCAAAUGCAAGUAGCCCAUAUAGCAGUGGUUUCAAUUCUCCGUCCUCAACUCCAGUGCGGCCUCCUAUAGUCAAACAGCUAAUACUUCCUGGAAAUUCAGGUAAUUUGAAAAGUUCAUCAGACAGAAAUCCUCCACUCAGUCCUCAAUCCUCUGUAGACAGUGAGUUAAGUGCUUCAGAAUUAGAUGAAGACUCAAUUGGAUCCAAUUACAAGCUAAAUGAUGUAACUGAUGUGCAGAUUCUCGCUCGGAUGCAGGAAGAAAGUCUUCGGCAAGAAUAUGCAGCCACCACAUCUCGGCGCAGUUCUGGUUCAUCUUGCAAUUCUACAAGACGGGGUACUUUUAGUGAUCAGGAACUUGAUGCACAAAGUUUAGAUGAUGAAGAUGACAAUAUGCAUCAUGCAGUAUACCCUGCUGUUAACAGGUUUUCACCAUCACCACGCAAUUCACCUCGACCAUCACCUAAGCAGUCACCCAGAAAUUCACCUCGUUCACGAUCUCCUGCUCGGGGAAUAGAAUAUAGUAGAGUGUCCCCACAGCCUAUGAUUAGCCGCUUACAGCAGCCUCGCCUUUCACUUCAAGGCCAUCCCACAGAUUUACAGACAAGCAGUGUGAAAAAUGAAGAAAAACUAAGACGCAGUCUUCCAAACCUGUCCCGAACAUCUAACAUACAAGUUGACUCAGUGAAAAGCAGCAGAAGUGACUCAAAUUUUCAAGUGCCAAAUGGAGGAAUACCUCGCAUGCAACCUCAGGCUUCAGCCACUUCGCAAAGGCUGAAAAAUUUGCCUCGUACUUCCCUCAAAGCCAAACAGUUGCUUCAAACUUCAUCUACAAAAAGAGUUCCUUCUCCAGGCAAAUUCCGCUCCCCUGCAGCACCAUCUCCUUUGGCUCUCCGACAACCAGUAAAAGCAUUUAGUAACCAUGGCUCUGGCUCUCCCGGUGGCCAAGAAACAACACAACUCACACAAACCACCUCCUCACCCGGGCCUCCCGUGGUUCAGAGCACCGUCCCAGCAAACCCUCCCAGCAAUAUCAACAGCACUACUCUAACCAGACCUGCAGGGACAACGGUGAUGAGAAGCGGCUUGCCCAGACCCAGUGCCCCUUCUGCUGGGGGUAUACCAGUGCCUCGCAGCAAACUUGCACAGCCUGUUCGCAGAUCCUUGCCAGCUCCUAAAACCUAUGGUAGCAUGAAAGAUGACAGUUGGAAAGAUGGCUGUUACUGACCAGCAAAGAGAAGAAUGCAGAGGUCCACAGCUCCACGGAUACCCUUCACCAGGCUAACAGACAACUUUUAUAUGCAGACUGUUCACAUAAGACUCUUGGGAUUUAUAAAAUCCCAUCCCUCUCUGUCUUAAUUAGCACAAACUGACAGAGAUGAUCAAUCAGCACUUUAAUGACAUUUAACAUCAGAUGUGUUUGGUAAUCAUACAAUCACUCUCCAUAGAAUCACUUUUAGUUUUGUUUAACAGAAACUAAGUUGAUUGUUAAAUAUUUGACAGAGGCCAAUUUUUGGGCAGAAAAAAAAAAACAACUAAUGGAUGCCAAAGAGAAAAUGCCCAUUUGUAAACUAGAGUACCUUUGUGUACAAGAAAAUGGUGAAUUCAAGCUAUCCAAAACUUCACGUUCGACCUAAUUUACUGUAUAAAUGGUAUCAAUAAAUAUCUGUGUUAAUGAGAACUAAUAUUCUGAUUAAUUAUCUAAAAUGUUUCACUAGUAUUUCACUGGUACUCCAAGAAACCAGACUGAGAUGAAAGAGGAUAGGGGCUAGAGGUUUGAAACAUGAUAACUAAAUUUGGGAAAGUUCUAUAAAUUAUUUUUGCAGAUUCAUUAGGGAAGAACAUAUCAUUUUGUUUACUCUUAAGUUUUGGCUGUAGCUCACAUAUCAGCACCACCAGAUAGUGUUACAGCGCGCAUCCAUCACGUUGCAUCGACACAUCGGACUUCUCUGUGUUUGUUUUGAUUGCCAAAAGGGCUUAAUGUCAGUUGUACAAUCUUUCUAAACUUUAUAGCUCCUGGCUCAGGAAAGAUAGCCUUUGCUAUUGAAGCCAACUUCUUCACAUGCUGUUAUCUGUUACAGAACUAAGAGAUCUUGUUUUUAUUAGCAUGUUUCCAUGAUGGGAAAGAGCAAGUAGUAUACGUCUUUAUUCUUGAUAGAAAUAACACCACCUCAGUGCUUACAACCUGGAACAAAACAAUACAGUGAGAGAGAGGGAGAAAAAUUCUAUGCACUUAACUUAUAAACUCUCUGGUAAUGACAGUUGUAUUGUUGCUAUUCAAUGACACAACAGUCUGUUAUGUGGUAGGAGAAUAGCCUGCUGAAUCCUACCUAAGUUGAUCCAUUUUAAAGUGAGUAACUGUAUAAAACAUCCUUUGAAAAUACUGUCCCUUUUGACUUUGAUUCUGCCUUAUAUCAAUUUUUGCAUUUUUGGUAACAAAUGAAACCCAGUACAUGUGACUACAUGUGACUCUAACCCUAAAAUACUUGGUCUGUAAUGGCCUGUUUGUAUACCUGGGAAUCACUUUGUUGUUGUGUGGUUUUCUUUUUUCUUUUUUUAGGCUAUUACCAGACUAAAACGUCCUCUAUAGCAGGCCUCUCAUUUUUUUCACAAGAGGUCAUUUUUUAAAUAUUUAAUUUGAGCAGCUCUAAAAUAUUGGCAAUCAAGUCACCUAGAGGAUUUUAGAGAUCUGAACAUAAGUUUAUUUCCUGUUAGUCAAAGACAUUCAGUAAGUUGGCAAAAGAAAUUGAGAAAUGGGAAGCUGGCUAUUCGGGAGAGCGUUGAGGUCUACAUGUUGAGAGGACGAUAAGCUUUCAAACCAGGACCCCUGCUCCACCGUGACAGAGGCCGGGGGAGCCCUGAGGAGCCUGGCCAGCGGGCAGCCGUUCCGUCACUGCCAGUGCUAGUGCACUUCACUGCGCAGUGCGGGCACGGAACUUUGUCCUUGGACUUGAGGGCGACGGGGAUGGUUCAGGAAAGGAUGGCACCAGAAUUCCACAUGAUGACGAACUAAAGUAUGUUCAGAGAAGAUCAAGAAAACAUCUGCUUUGGGUGUGUGAGGGGGUAUCCCAUGUAAAAAUCUAAGUAAAAGAAAGAACUAGCCACUGUCUCUUUUUAAAACCACAUAUACGCAAAACAAAAUAGGUCUCAGUCUUCAGUGCAACAUUGCAAAUAUAUAUAUAUAUGUGUGUAUAUAUAUAUAUAUAUAUAUAUAUAUAUAUAUGCUGCAAUAUAAUAAUUAAGACGAAUUUUAACUAUUAUGAAACACCCAUUACAUUUUUAAGUUAGAUUAACGGUUUCAAAAGGAGUAUUCAGGUUAUUUAACUUCAUUUUUAAAAAGCUGCAUCAGAAAAAAAAAUGUCUAUUUUUUUUAAUUAAAAUAUUUCAUCACAUGUUAAAAAUGUAUUUGGAUCUGAGUUGGGUAAAGUAUUAUUUUACCUGCUGUUGUACUACCACAGACUAUUGGCUUUUAGUUUCCUAAAAAGAAAAAUUGUUUUUUUACUAGAAAGCCUUUGUGUAUUGCCAAUUUUUCUAUUUGGGAAAAUCCAAGGAUUCACUGUGGUUAGUCUUACAGGAGAAAUGUGGAUUUGAUAAACUAGUGCCUAUGAUUUUAACUUAUGUUUGAUAUAUAGUAGUAAGGUUUUAUGAAUGUUGAUUAUUUUUUUUGUGCCAACAGCUCAGAAUUGUCACUUAUAUGUAAGCAGAAAGAUAUGAGCUCUGCUUCCAAAGUUAUUUAAUUUUCUCAGUGUUUGAAUGUUAUUUUUUUGUGUGUUAAUAAAAGUGUAAAGAAUUGGAAAAAAUAUAAAUAUUCUUAACUCAAGCAUUUGCUGGAUCAUUUUUCUACAAAACUUGUUUGUAAUAUAAGACACUCUCUGAAGAGUUGACUUUUCAGUUUUCAUUCCCUGGAAAUCACAUUUUGUAAAACUGGGACCAUUCAUAAUUGUCAGAUACUUUUUAAAAUUAUUAUCUCAAUACAUCACUUUUAUAAAAAAAGUUUUUUUGAAAGGAAAUUCAAUACAUGUGUCCCCAGAUGUUUGUAUAACUCGAGGACGAUUAGACUGUGUAUGUUUAAAUGAACUUUUUAUCAAAUGUACAGGCAUCGGUUUUUGACAUUACGCACGGUCCUUUUAGAUCACAUGAAGUUUGACUGGCAAACAUUUCUAAUAGCCGAACUUGUAUGUGUGGUUGCCUCCUUAAUAAACAGCCUGACCAUAAUGUUUAUUAUUAAAUUUA